GCGAGAUACGAUGGCACAACACGAAAUGUCGCAUUCAGCUAAACUUAUUAUUUUAUUGGUUAUUUUUUUUGAAGCUAGGUUCUUUGGUGAAGUAUUUGCUGGUGAUGGAAAAACUGAAAAAUUCAUUAAAGAAUACAACUAUCCCGUUGAGACGCAUCAUUACGAAACUGAUGACGGGUAUAUUCUUACAGCUCACAGAAUACCCCAUGGAUUAAGCAAAGAAAAGCCCAAACGUGUAGCUUUGAUGGUACAUGGCAUGGGUGGUAGUGGAGAAAACUAUAUAACUAUAGGGCCCCCAGACGCUUUAGGCUUCUAUUUAGCUGACAAAGGCUAUGACGUUUGGCUUUUCAAUGCUAGAGGAAGUAUGAAUUCUAGAAAACAUCGUUCGUUGAAUCCAAAUACAGAAAGAAAGAAAUUUUGGAAUUUCAGUUGGCAUGAAAUUGGAACCUAUGACCUCCCAGCCACAAUCAAUUACAUCCUGAAUGUCACAGGAGCUGAUGGAAUAUUUUACGUAGGGCACUCGCAAGGAACCACAACACUAUUCGUCCUGUUAUCAGAGGUGCCAGAAAUGAACGACAAAAUUAAAGCUGCAGCAUUGUUGGCACCUUCCGCGAGUCUUCAUCAUACGCAGUCGCCCUUGUUGAUUUUGGCUACCAGAUUUUUGGAAUUAGGACAGAAGCUACUGCCCAUGCUCAAUUGGUACGAAAUGUUAAUGCCAAAUGGUAAUGAACUAUUGAAUAGGAUUGUUGUACCAUUAUGUAGUCCAAAAGCAAUGCAUGACAUAUGUAUGGAUUUCCUUUAUGUAAUUGCUGGUACCGAAUCUGGACUGGUUAAUAAGACCCUACUACCAAUUAUGCUACAAUUCACCCCUUCCGGAUUUGCUGUUAAACAAAUGUUCCAUUAUGCACAAGUAAUUAAAACUGGGGACUUUAAGCAAUUCGACUACGGACCCAAGAAAAAUCUGAAAAUGUAUAACGACACUAAACCUCCACUAUACAAGUUUCCUAAUAUGAAAGUACCUCUAGCUCUAUUUUAUGCGAUAGAAGAUCCUUAUUCUAAUCCCACGAUGGUGGAAGAACUACGAGGAAAGCUUCCAAAUAUUGUACUAGAUUACCAGGUACCAGUCCCAAAAUUCAAUCAUCUCGAUUAUAUUCUUGCUUAUAACGUAAAAGAAUUCAUAAAUGAUCGUGUAUUGGAAGUUUUUGAUAGGUUCUGAUGUAUAGUUAUUAAAUAUAGGCAAUAAUAAUUUUUAUGCUAAAUAAUAUUCAAGUUAAAACAAUAAAUGAAUUGAUAUUUU